AUUAUAAUUUUCUAUGGAAGAUCUAUUUUAAAAAAAAUCACACAUGAAUAGAAAUUGUGAAUUAUGUAUUAAUAUAAUAGAUGUUUGUCGUGGAGCUCAAGUUGGGCAAUGGAGCUAAAUAACAUACGAUCUAUUCACUUUUGUUGCCAAACUAUAAUAUUUCUCAAUUUAACUAGUCCGCAUUACGGAACUGGCAAUAGACUAAUGAGGUGGAAAUGAAAUUUCACAUGUGUUGCAAAGAGUACGAGAAGAUAGAUUAAUCAGAAAAUCUAAAACAGAUCAUAAUCCUCUGGCCCAGGGAUCGAAAACUGGAAAUUAAUUAUUUAGUCUGAUAAACAUAUACUAGUCCUUUACAUUAGAGAAAAAGUCAAUUAAACACAUCAUUCAUUUACUAAUCACUAGUCCAAUACAUAAUUACGCUUCCUUUCUCCAAGAACUUUUCAAAGCUGCUAAACAAGUAAACCAUCCACGAUUUCCUCUACGGCUCCAUUCACAUUUGUUCAUGUAUUAUUAACACUUCUUCUUUUCUUUCUUAAAUCAUGUCUGGCAUCAUAUAUUAUUUAAUUCUUCUAGAACAUAGACAAACCACGGAUCUAGUAAGGAAUCAGUACAAUACAUUAGAUCUUAUAUACAAUAGCUGUAGCUGCAACAAAAGGCAGUAACUUCCUAAUACAGAGAGAUUGUAAUGGAAGCUGAAUAUACGGAGAUCACAAUAAUAUCUCUAACAUCUAGUACUUUUAAUUUCCGCCAACAUACAAAUAUGUUUUUUUUUUCAUUGAAAUCAACAGAAACCAGUUAUUCAGCGAUUUCUGGCUUCUUCUUCAUUCUAUAGCAAAGAAAAUAAAGAACCCACUCCGCAAAAAAAAAAAUGAUACGUUGAAAGUCGUCGUCGAAGUUAAAAAAAAAAAAAUUAAAAAACGAAGAAACACUCAUAACAAUUCGACAUUGUCUCUCUCACAGAUUCUUUAUCCUAUAGUUCUAAAUCUUCAUUCUUUCAUUCUUUUCUCACAACAUCCCUUUUACAGAUAUUUUCAGACAGAGAGAUAAUGGCGGGAGGUCGGAUAAGGAGAAGACUAAACCUAAACAACAUCUACGCCUUCACAUGUCGCAAAUCUACAUUCCAAGAAGAUCACUCACAGAUCGGAGGACCAGGCUUCUCUCGAGUUGUCUACUGCAACGAACCCAACUCUCCCGCCGCCGAACGUCGUAGCUACGCCGGAAACUACGUCCGGUCAACGAAGUACUCUCCCGCUUCCUUCGUACCCAAAUCUCUCUUCGAGCAGUUCCGCCGCGUCGCCAACUUCUACUUCCUCGUCACCGGAAUCUUGUCGUUGACUCCGCUCUCUCCUUACGGCGCCGUCAGCGCUCUCUUGCCUCUCGGCUUAGUCAUCGCCGCGAGCAUGGUCAAAGAAGGGAUCGAGGACUGGGGGAGAAAACGACAGGACAUAGAAGUGAACAACAGGAAAGUGAAGGUUCACGGCGGAGACGACGGGAUGUUCCGGGAAGAGGAGUGGAGGGAGCUUAGAGUCGGAGAUAUAGUGAGAGUCGAAAAAGAAGAGUUUUUUCCGGCGGAUCUUUUGCUUCUGUCGUCGAGCUACGAAGACUCGGUUUGCUACGUGGAGACGAUGAAUCUCGACGGUGAAACGAAUCUGAAAGUGAAGCAAGGCUUAGAGGCGACUUCGUCGCGCUUACACGAAGAUUUCGAUUUUAAAGAGUUUAAAGCCGUCGUGAGAUGCGAAGAUCCCAAUGCGGAUCUUUAUACCUUUGUCGGAACGUUACAUUUGGAAGAACAGAGGCUUCCCUUGUCGGUUCAACAGCUUCUUCUUCGAGACUCGAAGCUUAGGAACACAGAGUAUGUUUACGGAGCUGUUGUCUUCACCGGACACGACACAAAGGUGAUUCAAAACUCAACUGUCCCUCCAUCAAAGAGAAGCAGAAUCGAGAGGAAAAUGGACAAGAUCAUCUACAUGAUGUUCGGCGUAGUGUUUCUGAUGUCUUUCAUCGGAUCCAUCAUCUUUGGAAUUGUGACAAGAGAGGACAGAGGAGGGAAAACAGAGAGAUGGUACUUGAAACCAGACGAAGCAGAGAUCUUCUUCGAUCCAGAGAGAGCUCCAAUGGCUGCGAUCUACCAUUUCCUCACCGCGGUUAUGCUUUACAGCUACUUCAUCCCCAUCUCUCUCUACGUCUCUAUCGAAAUCGUUAAAGUUCUUCAGAGCAUUUUCAUCAACAGCGACAUUCUUAUGUACUACGAGGAGACUGAUAAACCCGCGCACGCUAGAACAUCGAAUCUCAACGAAGAGCUUGGGAUGGUCGACACGGUUCUGUCGGAUAAAACGGGAACACUGACUUGCAACUCCAUGGAGUUUAUCAAGUGUUCUAUAGCUGGAACAGGUUACGGACGAGGUGUGACCGAAGUUGAAAGAUCUAUGGCUAUGAGAAGCGGCGGUUCGGCUUUGGCUGAUGAUUUGAACGUUGCAGCGGACCGUUCUGGUCCUAAGAUCGAAGGGUUUAACUUCCAGGACGAGAGGGUUAUGAGAGGGAAUUGGGUUAAGCAACGAGAAGCAUCGGUUUUGCAGAAGUUUUUUAGACUGUUAGCUGUUUGUCACACCGCUAUACCCGAAACAGAUGAAGCCACUGGGACUGUCUCUUACGAGGCUGAGUCUCCUGACGAAGCUGCGUUUGUUGUGGCGGCUAGAGAACUCGGUUUUGAGUUCUUUAGCCGCACGCAAAACGGGAUAUCAAUCCGUGAAUUGGAUCUUGAAACGGGAAAGAAAGUAGAAAGGGUAUAUCGGUUACUAAACGUUCUUGAAUUCAACAGCGCGAGGAAGAGAAUGUCUGUGAUCGUGCGUGAUGAAGAUGGAAAGCUUCUGUUACUAUCCAAAGGAGCUGACAAUGUAAUGUUUGAAAGACUUGCCAGGAACGGGCGUACGUUCGAGGAGAAAACACGAGAGCAUGUUGAUGAAUACGCAGAUGCAGGGCUAAGGACAUUGAUACUUGCUUACCGCGAGGUUGAUGAGGAUGAGUAUGUAAAAUUCAGCAAGAACUUCAAUGAAGCUAAGAGCUCGGUGACUGAGGAUCGUGAGAGCUUAAUAGAUGAGAUCACUGAUCAGAUGGAACGCGAUUUGAUUCUACUUGGUGCUACUGCUGUUGAGGACAAACUUCAAAAUGGGGUUCCAGAUUGUAUAGACAAGCUUGCUCAAGCAGGGAUAAAGAUUUGGGUUCUAACCGGAGACAAGAUGGAAACAGCAAUCAAUAUUGGUUUUGCAUGUAGUUUACUUAGACAAGAGAUGAAGCAGAUCAUCAUAAAUCUUGAGACGCCACAAAUCAAAGCAUUGGAGAAAGCUGGAGAGAAAGAUGUGAUUGAACAGGCAUCAAGAGAAAGUGUGGUGAAGCAAAUGGAGGAAGGAAAAGCUCUAAUCACAAGAGGACCAAGCGACACAGACUCUCAUGAGGCAUUUGCGUUGAUCAUUGACGGGAAGUCGCUAACGUACGCUCUUGAAGAUGAUUUCAAGCAGAAGUUUCUUGAUUUAGCCACAGGAUGUGCCUCUGUUAUUUGCUGCAGAUCAUCACCCAAGCAAAAGGCAUUGGUUACACGGUUGGUCAAAAGUGGAACUGGGAAGACAACUUUAGCUAUUGGAGAUGGAGCAAACGAUGUUGGAAUGCUUCAAGAAGCAGAUAUUGGUGUUGGAAUCAGCGGUGUUGAGGGAAUGCAAGCGGUUAUGUCUAGCGAUUUAGCCAUUGCUCAGUUCAGAUACUUGGAACGUCUCUUGCUCGUUCAUGGUCACUGGUGUUACAGCAGAAUCUCAUCCAUGAUCUGUUACUUCUUCUACAAGAAUAUCACAUUUGGUGUGACCUUGUUCUUAUACGAAGCCUACACAUCUUUCUCUGCUCAACCAGCAUAUAACGACUGGUUUCUGUCGCUUUUCAACGUCUUCUUCUCUUCGCUUCCCGUCAUUGCUCUAGGUGUUUUUGAUCAAGACGUCUCAGCUCGCUUCUGUUACAAGUUCCCAUUGCUAUACCAAGAAGGAGUUCAGAAUCUUCUCUUCAGCUGGAAGAGAAUCAUUGGCUGGAUGUUCAAUGGACUAAUCUCGGCUCUCGCUAUUUUCUUCAUCUGCAAGCAAUCCCAAGAACACCAACUCUACAACCCUAACGGCAAAACCGCCGGCCGGGAUAUCCUCGGAGGGACAAUGUACACUUGCGUAGUAUGGGUGGUCAAUCUCCAAAUGGUUUUAGCCAUUAGCUACUUCACUUGGGUCCAACACAUAGUAAUAUGGGGUUCAGUUGCUUUAUGGUACAUCUUCCUCAUGAUCUAUGGAGCUAUCACUCCCACCUUCUCCACAGAUGCUUACAAAGUCUUCCUCGAAGCCUUAGCUCCAGCUCCUUCUUACUGGCUUACCACUCUCCUUGUGAUGAUCUUCGCUUUGGUCCCUUACUUUGUCUUCAAAUCGGUUCAGAUGAGAUACUUCCCUGGUUACCAUCAAAUGAUUCAGUGGAUACGGCACGAGGGUCAGUCUAAUGAUCCUGAGUUUGUGGAAAUGGUUAGGCAAAGAUCAAUUAAGACGACGACGGUUGGUUCCACUGCGAGAAGAGCUGCUAGUGUACGACGUUCCGGUAGGUUUCACGAUCAGCUCAAUAAGAACACCAUAGCUAUCUCAAGAGAAGAGAAAUAGAUAUGUCUCAGUGUUUGUGACUAUAUACUUUGUACAUAAAGGUACAACUUGGUGAAAGCUAGGUUUAUAUACUCCUGAGAUGAAUUACAUUUAUAUUGUGUAUGUAACAUUUUUAGUGUAUAGAUUUCUUUUUGUCUGA